AUGUCCGUAGAAGCGAAGAAUAAACAGAAGAAGAAGCCGCUAACCUUCGAAGAGGGGAGCAGCUCCAAGCCUUUUCGCCCGGAUUUUGGACCCAGGUUAUAUCUGUUAAGAAAUGGGAGUGGUUUACAUGAAGAAUUCAAGUAUCGGAAACACACCGGAUAUG